GACCUCCUGGCCCACCAGGUCCACAGGGCAAAAGAGGGAAGCGUGGUAAAAAAGGAGAUUCUGGCGAUAAAGGCGACCCGGGUCUUAAUGGUAUUAAUGGCGAAAAGGGUGCACCAGGACGACCUGGUGAUAAGGGUCAAAAAGGCGAUGUAGGUCAUCCGGGCAUAGAUGUCUUUCAAACUGUUAAGGGUUUACAAGAAGCCGGCGUAAAUAUUUCGUCUGCAACUGUCAUACAAUUGAAGGGCGAACCUGGAGAGCCUGGACCACCAGGACCACCUGGUCCGCCCGGCGAAGCUGGUCCACCAGGCAUAAAUGGUGAACGUGGACCACCAGGCGAAACAGGACCAGCAGGACCAGUCGGAACACAAGGCGAGCCUGGCCCUGUGGGACCACCUGGAGCGCUAGGCACAAUCGGCCCAAAGGGUGACAAAGGUGAUCGCGGUGAUCGUGGCUUAACCACAACAAUCAAAGGCGACGAAUUUCCAACUGGCAUUAUUGAAGGGCCACCAGGGCCUCCGGGACCACCAGGGCCACCAGGGGAACCUGGUACGCGUGGAGAGUUUGGACCGGCUGGCCCACCAGGGCCACCAGGCGAGAAGGGUCCGCGAGGUAAACGUGGCAAAAGGACAAAUUGGCUACAAAGUAAUGAGAUACAAAACUUACGUGCAUAA